CUGUUAGACCAAAUAACCAAAACGUUUUGUCACGUCUUUUAACAGUUCAAAGAAACAUGCACUCCAAAGUUGUGAUUAUAGGUUCAGGUCCGGCGGGACACACCGCAGCACUUUACUUGUCCCGAGCAACUCUAGAGCCGGUUAUGUUUGAAGGACUUUUUGCGAACGGUUUUGCCCCCGGUGGUCAACUUACUACAACUACCGAUGUAGAAAAUUAUCCUGGCUUUCCUGAAGGAAUUAUGGGAGGGGAAAUGAUGGAUAAAUUUCGUGAACAAAGCAUUAGAUUUGGCACAAAAAUUAUCACUGAAACUGUAUCAAAAGUUGAUCUUUCAACGCGCCCAUUUAAAUUUUGGCGUGAAAAUCAUGAAGAUAAAGAGCCUGAUACUACUGAUGCACUUAUUAUUGCAACAGGCGCAGCUGCAAAAAGAUUGAAUCUUCCUGGAGAAGAGAUAUAUUGGCAAAAAGGAAUCUCUGCAUGUGCUGUUUGUGAUGGGGCUUUACCUAUCUUCCGUAACAAACCUCUUGCAGUAGUUGGUGGUGGUGAUUCUGCCGCUGAGGAAGCUACAUUUCUUACAAAAUUUGGAUCACAUGUAUUUGUAUUAGUUCGUCGAGACAAACUUCGAGCAUCCAAAGUGAUGGCGAAUCGAUUACUUUCAAAUCCAAAUAUUACAGUGCUUUGGAACACUAUUGCUAUUGAAUGCAAGGGUGAUGGAAAUGUACUAAAUCUUUUGAUUACGAAGAACACUAAAACCGGUGAAAUAAAUGAUUUGCCGAUAAAUGGUCUGUUUUAUGCAAUUGGUCAUGUACCAGCUACUGAUUUGGUUAAAGAACAAUUAAAGUUAGAUUCGGACGGUUACGUUAUCACUGAACCGGACAGUACUUGUACGAGCGUAGAUGGUGUUUUCGCUGCAGGUGACGUGAAAGACAAGAGAUACAGGCAGGCGGUCACAAGUGCAGGUUCCGGGUGUAUGGCUGCAUUAGAAUGUGAACGUUGGCUGAGCGAACAUUUCCCAGAAUAA